AUGAUUCAAAACACGAUGUCGGUGCCAUGGAAAGUUAGACUUCUCUUCAAUCAAUAUAUUCUUGGUAAAUCUCAUAAAUAUGGCGUGAAAAUAUACAAGGUGGCGAGUUCAACAGGUUACACUUGGAAUUUCAUGGUUUAUACUGGUAAGCAGAGUUCAAUUGCAGGUCAGGGCCAUGCUGAAACAGUUCUUACAACUUCUUUACAAUUAUUUCUCUUGCCCAACAUUUAUUACAAAAUAAUCCGUGUAAUAUCGGAACAUUCAGAAAUAAUCGUGCUAGAUCAGCACGGUGAAGUUUAUGGUCGUCACAGCAAAGAUAGUAUUAAAUUGACCAAAUGGAAAGAUAAAAGAGAUGUUCAGAUAAUAUCUACAAAGCCAUCACGUUCAACAACUGUGAUAGAUACAAAGAACACAAAUAAGUUAAAUGAACGUAUUAUGGAGCCACAGGUUAUACUGGAUUACAAUGAAGGAAAACAAGAUAUCAAUUUAUCUGAUCAGCUCUCAUCAUAUUAUACGUGUCUUAGACAAUCUAUAAAAAGGUAUCAAAAGGUGGCUUUUCAAUCGAUAUUUGGAACUUCUAUCGCCAAUGCUUAUUUAAUUUGCAAAGAAAAUUAUGGUACAAGCAACAUGACCAUGCUGCAAUUUCAUGAAAGCCUUGUGCGAUCUUUACUUCUCGGUGAACCAUUUGAGAACUUGAAACCUGGUCCAGAACAGCAGCCAGCAAACCAGAAAAAACGAGAACACAUUGGUCAUCUGCUCGGAGGAAUGAACGGAAGUGUCCGCAAUGCCCGAAGAAGAUGGAUCGAUUGCUAUGAAAAGACUAGACAACAACAAUCAAGAGAAGCAAGUGCAAUAACAGCAAAUAGAUCACAUCUUCAAUAUAUUUUCGAAAGAGCAAAACAUAUCAUGGUAUCAUGGGAACGUAUAACUCAAAUGUUCGGUGUCUAUGCGGGCUUUACAAUAUUCUGUUUUAGCCUAUUUGGCAGUAUUAUGAAUGUAAUUGUAUUUUCAACUGUUCGAAUGUAUCGUGGUCAACCGUGCACAUUCUUCCUACUCAUCUCAGCUAUCGUUCGAUCUGUGCACAUUUUCAGUAUAGGAUUGUCGCGUAUUCUUGCUGUUGUCUUUCAUAUAGAUCUAAUUCUUGCCUCACUCGUAUGGUGUAAAAUGAGAUCUUUCAUAGUCCAAACUGGUUUUUGUGUGUCAAUGACAUGUGAAUGUUUGGCAGCAAUUGAUCGUUUCUUAGUCUCAUCAAGAUCCGUCAAAUUGCGACGAUUAAGCAAAAUUAAACGAGCUUAUCGUAUUAGUAUUGGUGUUAUUAGUUUUUGGCUACUACAAAAUGCGCCAUAUUUUAUCUUCGUUAAUAUCAAUUCUGGCAUUUGUAAUAUUUAUAACCAAUUUUGGGAGAUAUACUCUAAUUAUAUUAUUUAUUGGUUCUUAUUAACAGCAGUUCCACUAAUUAUCUGUAUUUUAUUUGGAUCACUUGCAUAUCGAAACAUGCAAACUCUAAAAAGUUUAAAUCAAUUACAAGGAGCUGAUCGACAACUUAUUAAUAUGAUUAUUGGGCAAGUAGUAGCAACUGUCGCUCCUAUUAUACCAUCUGGUAUUUUCUACAUAUAUUCAUCAUCUGCUAUCUCUGUAAGUUCAACAGCAUCGAAAGGAAUUGAUUAUUUUUCCCUCGACUCGACGGCUGUGGGUGAAGCUCAAGGGCCAAGAGUGAAAGAUUAA